AUGGUCAGAAUCACCUCUGCAACCCUCAUUGCCUUCGCGGCGGGCGCCAUUGGAGCGCCUCAAGGCACAGUCACCCCUCGCCAGUCACCUGGAGGUUGUGAAUGCGCUGUCAAGCUUGAUGCCUCGACCAACGUCUUCGAAAAGUACACGCUCCACGCCAACAGCUUCUACCGCUCUGAGGUCGAGGCUGCUGCUGCGCAGAUGUCGGGCGAGGCAGCUGAGGCAGCGCUUCGUGUGGCUGACAUUGGAACAUUCCUAUGGGCUGAUACCAUUGCCAACAUUGACCGCAUCGAGCCGGCUCUCCAAGAUGUCCCUUGCGAUGAGAUCUUCGGUCUUGUGGUCUACGACUUGCCCGGCCGUGAUUGUGCAGCCAAGGCAUCCAACGGCGAGUUGCCUGUCGGUGCCAUCGACCGUUACAAGACUGAGUUUAUUGACGAAAUUGCUGCGCUCAUCAAGAGGUACCCCAACCAGGCCUUCGCCUUGGUGAUCGAGCCUGACUCUCUCCCUAACCUCAUCACCAACAUCGACCUCCAAAGCUGCCAGGAUUCGGCCGCCGGGUACCGCGAGGGUGUCGCCUACGCCUUUGAGAAACUCAGCCUGCCCAACGUUGUCAUGUACCUCGAUGCCGGCCACGGUGGCUGGCUUGGCUGGCCUGACAACUUGGAGCCUGGCGCCAAGGAGCUCGCCAAUGCCUACAAGGCGGCUGGCAGCCCUUCGCAGGUUCGCGGCAUUGCCAUCAACGUCUCUGGCUGGAACCAAUGGGAUAUGACUCCCGGAGAGUUCGCCAACGACCCCGACGGUCAAUGGAACGAGGCCGAGAACGAGAAGGCUUUCCUUGAGCUCUUCAGCCCUCUGCUCGAGCAGAACGGCAUGCCUGGCAAUGCCAUUGUCGACACUGGCCGCUCCGGCAACCCCGGUGGCCGUCUCGAAUGGGGCGCCUGGUGCAACGUCGUCGAUGCUGGCUUCGGUCCUCGUCCCACUUCCGAUGUUGACUCGCAAUGGGCCGAUGCCUUUGUUUGGGUCAAGCCCGGAGGCGAAUCAGAUGGUACCAGCGACUCCAGUGCUGUGCGCUACGACUCAUUCUGCGGUCGCCCUGACGCCUUCCAGCCUUCCCCUGAGGCUGGAACCUGGAACCAGGCGUACUUUGAGAUGCUCAUUGAGAACGCCAACCCUGCCAUCUGA